CUUGGGACCACCACACCGGGAUCCGGCAUUCGGAGACCCAGCCUGCUUCCAGACUCCCGCAUCGCCUCACACAGGAGCUCCGGUGUUUAAUCGGCCAUCGGCGUCGACCGGGGAAUCAGCCGACCAACAGCUCGGGUGUCCAAACCUCCGUGGGAAACUGAAUGAGACGCCACGCGAGAGGAGUGGGGAAGAAACCAGCAGAGAAACGAGAGAGUGAGAGAGAGAGAGAGAGAGGCCUGGUGUGAUAUAAGGAGUGACUGACACCUGCCCUCCAGCUCCAGUGUGAAGGGCACCGGGAUGAGAGAGUGAGAGGCGGGGCAUGAAAAGAGGGAAAGCAGGAGAGAGAAUGAAGACAACCGGAAAACAAGACCCGCCUCACAGCCAACCUCGCUCAAAUUAGGACAUCUCGCCCCAAAAGACACGAUGAUUACAAGAAACCUGCUGCUGUUGGUUUCCCUGUGCCUGUGGGAGGGGCUCGCGGGAGUCGCCUCGGCCAGUAAGAUCGUACGGAGGAGAGGAGCGGGCGGAUCGCACGCGCCGAAGCUAGGGGAGAGCAGAGCGGCGGACCAAUGGGACGCGAGCGUGGACGCCAACGCCAACGCCAACGCGAUGCCCGUGGCGACUCUUAGGAACCUGAUGACUCACGAGCAGGCGGCGGACCCCGGCUCGUUCCCUCUGGCCAAACGGUUGCAGAGUCGCGCCGCUCCCCCAGCGGCGAACAAGGAGAGGAAAGCUUUGAAGCCCAAACGCGAGGUCGACUCUGUCAGUCGAAAAGAAGGGAUGCGCAUUUUAGGUAGCGGCGAGGAGGAGGUGAAGAAAGUCAAGAACAACACCAAGAACGGCGAGACUUCCGGCAGGACGGGAAGGCCCGAGAAGACGUUCGCGAUCCACCGCAAACCAGAUCUGCACGGCAACAAAACCCGGUUCAAAUCGGGCCCGAGAUCCAGGACCAGACCCGAUGCGAGUGUCCACGCCGCGGGUGUGCCGGGGAAGGGAUUCGGCAUCGAUUCGAACCGGAAGCUGAACCUCACCGGCGGCUACGGGCUCCUGAAGCUGCUGUCGAAAGAGAACCUCGUGAGGAUCGUCAACUCCCAAAUGCAGAGCGCUCCCGGCCUGAGCUUUCCGAGCAAGGGCAGCCGGAGCAGGAAGAGAGAUUUGAUCGACGUUAAUCGCGGACACUCGGAGGCCCGGCGAGUGCCGAGACAAGACGCGGCUGUCACUCUGCCUCACGACGGAUUUGAUAACCAGACCGCGGUUCCUGAUUUCGGCGCAGUCACCGCCCCGGAUCUCAAUCCAGACGAUCGGAUUAAUCCACUCAGCGAAGUGGAGCCGGCUUUAAGCAAAGGGCGGGGCAAAGGCCUCGUCCGCUCGCUGUCAACACCCCGCGGCGAGGUCGGUCUCGGCCCCGAGAGAGACGUAACGAUCGGCCAAACGGAACCGCCGUUUCCAUCGGCAAAACAUCCCCCGGCGCACGCUCCCUCCGAAGCGGAUGCUUCUCCGCAGUCUGCGCUGACAGGGCGACCCCUGGGAGUUGGACCGGGGAGCGGAGCGGCGGAUCUCCACAGGGACCCGUUACCGGAGUCGGUUCUCUCCGCUCAAACGGAACCCGGCACAGCUCGGCACCCCGCGGGUGAAGACGAGCGACCCGUCAACGGCAGUCGUGUCCUGAGGCUCCGCCCGUCUCCCGACGGCAAAGACGGCGACGUGCGAGUUCCCUCCGAUCCGGAAAGCGGGAGGGGCCUCGUGUUCGAGGAGGCCGAGGAGGAGGAGGAGGAAGAGGAGGAGGAGGCGGCGCGCGAUCGCAUGGAAGUGACGGGGCCGCGCUCUCGCACCAGGAGGAGCUGGAUCUGGAACCAGUUCUUUGUCAUCGAAGAAUACGCCGGGCCUGAACCCGUGCUCAUCGGACGGCUCCACACCGACAUGGACAGGAACGACGGACGCACCAAAUACAUCCUGCGAGGCGAGGGCGCCGGCUCGGUCUUCGUGAUAGACGAGAGGACCGGCAACAUCCACGUCACCAAGCCACUGGACCGCGAGGAGAAGGACGAGUACCGCCUCAUCGCCACGUCCACCGAUAGGCAGACGGACCGCGCUCUGGAGCCCUCGUCGCAGUUCAUCAUCCGGGUGCAGGACAUCAACGACAACCCGCCCAUCUUUGACGACGGCCCCUACAUCGCCACCGUGCCUGAGAUGGCAAACAUAGGCACGUCUAUAAUCCAGGUGACAGCGACGGAUGCUGAUGACCCGACUUAUGGCAACAGCGCCAAGCUCGUGUACACACUGGUGCAGGGCCAGCAGUACUUCUCUGUCGAUCCCCAGACAGGCAUUCUGCGCACGGCCGUGCCCGACAUGGACAGGGAGACCCAGGACCAGUACCUGGUCCUGCUUCAGGCCAAGGACAUGGGGGGCCACCUGGGAGGACUGUCCGGGACCACCACCGUCACGGUCCGGCUCACCGACGUCAACGACAACCCACCACGCUUCAGCCAGAGCACGUGGUCCUUCUCCGUGUCCGAGCUGGCCGUCCCCGGGGCCGAGAUCGGGCGCAUCUCGGCGGCGGACGCCGACCUCGGCGAGAACGCCGCGCUGGAGUACAUCGUCCUGGAGGGGGAGACCGGGGAGACGUUCAACAUCACCGGGGUCAACCAGGAGGCGGUCAUCACGCUCAACAAGGCGGUGGACUACGAGAGCCGGAGCUCCUACUCCUUCUCCGUGGAGGUCCUCAACCCCAUCGUCGACCCACGCUUCUUGCGCCGAGGCCCCUUCAAGGACCGGGCGUCCAUCAGGGUUGCGGUGCUGGACGCGGACGAGCCUCCGAGGUUCUCCCGAGCCCGGUACCACAUGGACGUGUCUGAAAACUGCCCGCCGGCCUGCACCGUGGGCCGGGUCAGCGCCGUGGACCCCGAUACCGGUCUCACCAACAACAUCAGGUUCUCCAUUGAUCCCCAGUCGGACCCGGAGGCUCUGUUCCGUAUCACGCCGGACGCCGGCCUCAUCACCACGGCCAUGGAGCUGGACCGGGAGCGCGACCACUGGCACAACAUCACCGUCAUCGCCACCCAGAGAGACAACCCCAGCCAGGUGUCCAGGGUUCUGGUUGCGGUCGAGACCUUGGACCUGAACGACAACGCACCCGAGCUGGACCGACAGUACACCACGGCUCUGUGUGACUCAUCCUCCAUCGGGCAGGUGGUGCAGGUGUUGCGGGCGAUUGAUAGAGACGAGGGAGGCAAUGACAGCGCGGUGUAUUUCAGCAUCCCUCCAGAGUCCAGCUCUGCCCUCAACUUCAGCGUCAGGGACAGUGGCGGCCCCACGGCGAGCCUGGUGCUGCUGUCCCAGCUCCGGCCGCUGUCCCGCUCCGCGUCCUCCACCCUGACGCUCCACGUGCCGCUGGUCCUGAGGGACGGGACGUCGGGCCUCACCAGCACCGGGACGGUCACCGUGUCCGUCUGUCCCUGCCUGAGGGGAGGGGCCCAGGCGGUGUGCCUCCCUCAGCAGUCCACGCUGCCGUCCCCCGGCCUCAGCACCGCCGCCCUGCUGGCCAUCCUGGCGUGCGUCGCCACUCUACUGGCGGUGAGCGCCCUGUCGCUGUCGCUGCGCCGGCAGAAGCGCGACUCCCUGUCGCCGCUGGAGGAGGACGACGUCCGCGAGAACAUCAUCACGUACGACGACGAGGGCGGCGGCGAGGCCGACACGGCCGCCUUCGACAUCGCCGCGCUCCAGAGCGCCCCGCACAGCUCGCGCUCGCGCAGCUAUCGCACGCUGGACAGCAGGAACGUUCGUUACGCCCAUCAAACCCAAGAAAAGGCUCGCACUUACAGCUGGGCUCAGAAUCCGGGCGUGGAGCACAACUACUCGGGCCCAGGCGGGCCCCUCUACGGGCGCCUCUGUUACAGCAGCCACACGCUGCCGGUGUUACGCCGCGCACCGGGCGGAGCCUUCGAGCCCGGCCUGGCAGAGCUGGGCUACCGCUUUCCCGGAGGCCAGACGGACCACUCUCUGGUCAUCCAGAACCAGGGCGCCAUGGUGGGGCCGAUGGAGUCCGGAGCGAUAUACGUGGCUCCCACGGACAUCAGCAACGGGAGCCGCACCGGAAGCCGCGACGGCACCGCGCCCCCAAGCGGGAUGAGCACGUCGGACGGCGGGACUCCGAGGACCGGCGACAGCCAGGAGAGAGGAGGCGGGACCAGACCCGCGAGCAACUGUACCGAGGGGAGCAGCGAGGACAAAGGGAACCACGGCCAAGACGUGGACUGGGUGCAGUCGGAGACACUACCCAGGGAGCAUCACCUCGUCAUGACCCGGUCCGGCUCCGUGAUGGGCCGGGGUCACGCCGCCGGAGGAUGGCUGUGCGACUCGUCUACCCUUCCCCUGGCGGGACGCAGGGCCUCCCGCGGGGGGCUGUCCCCGAAACGCACCGGCUCCGGCCGGUCCGAAUCCGACUCCGGCGGCGGAGGAAUGGCGGCAGGGGGGAAUGGAAGCGGGGGUGCCUCCACAGACGGACAACAGCAACCUGUGAAUAGACGCGGCUACGCCGCUGUCCUGCAGAGGGAGCUGUCUGGACAGAGGGACUAUCACGGCAGCUUGGGGAGAGGAGUACUGGAGAUGGGCAGCAACUUUGUGGUGGCGAGACCCGACAGGGUGGGCCGAGGGAUGUCGUCCGUCUACCCGGAAGCGGCCGGCUUUAUUGGGGACUGGCGGGACCGGAUGGGUCUGGGGGGGUAUGUUUUGGGCAGGAGGGAUAUAACCCCCCAGCUGUUCCCCUUCCCGGGGCAGCCUCGUGGGGCCUACGGCGGGGUGAUGGGCUUCGGGGGCGGCUGGGUUCCCGGGAUGGAGGCGGCGAGGGGAGCGCCGGGGCCCAGCGGCCCCUCCCUGGCACUGAGGGUGGGCGAGUUCCUGCGUCUGCGCCUCGCCCAGGUCACCUUCGACCCCUCGCAGCCGCCGUACGACUCGGUGCAGGUGUACGGCCUGGAGGGCACAGGGUCCCGGGCGGGGUCCCUCAGCUCCCUCGAGAGCGAAGGGGAGAAGGAUGCGGAGAAGGAGGAGUGGGGGGCGGGGCUGGAGGAGUGGGGCCCCCGCUUCCAGAAGUUAGCCCACCUCUUCAGAGACCGGGAGAAGGAGAGGGAGGAGAAGGAAAACGACGACGACGGCGACGCCGCCGGGGCCAAGAAGGAGAACGAAAAGAAAGACGAGCCGGGGAAGACGAAAUGUUCACCCGUCGUUGUCACCGGGUUCGUUGUGAAGCCACGAGUCAAGCUGUCCGCUUCGUUAUUGUCCCGACAGGUUCGACGCACCACAGAGAUCUUGAACACACAUCCACUUCUCCACUCUACUAAAUGGAUCGCGGAAAUACCCAAAGAAACGGCGCUGGCCGUCCUCAAGCCCGUCAACAAGUACAUCAACAAGGCCGUCCUCAAGGUCGUCAACAAGGUCGUCAACAAGUCCGUCCUCAGGAUCGACCACAGAGCCGUCUCCAAGGUCAUCUUCAGAGAGGUCCUCAAGGUGAGAACCGACUUCAAGGUGAGAACCCUCCUCAAGGCCGUCCUCAGGAACGUCCUCCAGGUGGGGUCAAUCCUCAAGUCUGUUCUCAGGAACGUCCUCAAGGUCAACAUCAAAGCCAACCUAAGGAAAUUCCAGGAUCUCCGACACAUACAGCCAGUCUGA